AUGGAGUUAUCUCCACCGAAUACAGUCAAGGAGGUACAGAGUCUAAAUGGCAAGAUAGCGGCACUAAACAGGUUCGUCUCAAGAGCAAUGGACAAAUGCCUACCUCUCUUCCGCACUUUGAAGAAGCCGUUUGAGUGGACAGACAAAUGCCAACAGGUGUUUGAAAACUUCAAGGUGUAUCUUUCAUCUCCUCCAAUGCUUAGCCCAUCCAGGCAGGGAGAAGAGCUCUACUUAUACUUGGCUGUUCCACAAGCCACUGUUAGCGCAGCUUCGAUAAGAGAGGAAGAUGGAUCUCAGAGACCCGUCUACUUUACAAGUCAAGCAUUCCGAGGAGCAGAAGAAAGGUACCCCCAGAUGGAGAAGCUGGCCUUCACGUUGGUAAUUGCGGCACGAAAACUCAAGCCAUACUUCCAAGCACAUACCAUCGUUAUCUUGAUGGCCAGGCCCAUAAGAAGAGCCAUGAGUAGCUCUGAGGCUACAGGACGGAUGGCAUUAUGGACGGUAGAGUUGAGUGAGUUUGAUAUACAGUACCUACCUCGAACAGCUAUAAAAAGGCAAGUUGUGGCUGACUUUAUCGCCAAGUUCACUCUCAAGGACGGCCAGGAGGUAGAAGAGACACCACAAUGGAACAUUUAUACAAACAGAUCUUCCAAUAGGCAAGUAGGAGGGGCUAGUGUCGUACUCAUCUCCCUAGAGGAUGACAGGAUUGAAUGUAUGAUCCAACUCGAAUUUCAUACCACCAACAAUGAAGCAGAAUAUGAGGCCUUAAUAGUAGGAUUGGACCUCGCAAGAGCGGUAGGGGUUGAAAAUAUGGUCAUUCACUGCGAUUCUCAAGUCAUAACUAGUCAAGUCAACAGUAGCUAUGAAUGCAAGACUGAAAGAAUGAAGAAACACCUCGAUGAGGUAAAAUGCCAGAUUGGCUGUCUCCAAAUCAAGUUCGUCCAAAUCCUGAGGGAAGAGAACGAAUGCGCCGAUCAACUUGCUAAGGUUGCAGCCGCAGAACGCAUGCUUGUUCCCAAACAAGUAUUAUCCUUCAUCCAAACUUCAUCACUCAUAGAUAAUGAAGCACAUGUGCUAAAGAUAGACUCUGAAAACAACUGGACCAUGCAAUUGAUCUCCUACCUGAAGAAUGGAACGCUUCCGAAUGAGAAGGACGCCACAAGGAAGCUAAAGGUACAAGCCUCACGAUUCAUCCUUAUAAAGGAUGUCUUAUACAAAAGAGGCUUCUCCCGCCCUUAUUUGAGAUGCUUUAUCCUCGAGGAAGCUGAGUACGUCAUGAGAGAAAUUCAUGAAGGGAUUUGCGGCAACCACUCAGGGGCAAGAUCACUAGUACACAAGCUAAUCAGGGUAGGAUAUUACUGGCCCACUAUGCAGAAGGGUGCAGAUGCUUACAUCAAAACCUGCGACAAGUGCUAG